AUGCUUCAUCCUGUUUUGCAUUUGCAGAGACAAGGGAUCGUACCCUGCUGUGCUUCAGUCAUUCAAAAAGCCGACGAGGCUUAUGAGCUACCACCUUAUUCCGGUCACCUUUCCCCCGCACGUGAAAGAACAACCCCCGUGCCCGAGAGCCUCGUCGGUCGACGCGUCAGGAUGCCCGGAGCCGACGGCGCCGAGGAGGGGGGUUCGUGCAAGGCCUUGUGUCGAAACCUGGUGUCCCAGAACGGCCUGCAGAGAGAGACAGCUGAUAUCUCGCAGUCUGUCCUCUACACCUCCCUGAUGGGCCUUCUGCUGGUCGCCGACAACGAGAAGGAGAUCCUUGCAUUAGGAAGUGGAAGGGCUGGUCUUAGAAACAUUGGCAACACAUGUUUCUUGAAUGCAAUAGUCCAGUGUUUGUCUCACACUCGUGGCCUGCGGGACUACUGCCUCCUAAAGUCCUACAGACAUGACAAAUUCUCGAAGGAGGAGCCAAGACUUACAGAAGCGUUCUCCCAAGUAUUGUCUGGACUUUGGAGUACAAAAGAAGAGGACACAGUUGUAAAUCCACGACAGUUUUACAACAGUUUCAGAGAUGCUGUGCCUUACUUCAGCGGUUACAGUCAACAGGAUGCUCAGGAGUUUCUCAGGUUCCUUUUGGAAAAGCUACACACUGAAAUCAACCGCAAGCCCAACAUUAGGCGGCCACUGAAGGACCCAGAGCAAAAAUAUGCCAGAUUUAGGAUUUCUGAAGAGGCAGCUGCCACAUGGAAGAAGCACUUGGAGAACGACGACAGCAAGAUAGUCGAUGUGUUCUCGGGCCAGCUGCGCAGCUCGCUACACUGCUCCGUGUGCUCCCACUACUCCAACACAUUCGAUGUGUUCUGUGACCUGUCGCUGCCUAUUCCCAAACGCUGCGUGGCUGGAGAGGUGAAGCUGAAGGAGUGCUUGGACCUCUUCUCCCAGGAGGAGAGACUGGACAAGGAGAAUUCACCUAUGUGCGAGAGGUGUAACAGGCACACAGAGAGCACGAAGCGGAUGUCCAUUCAGAGGUUUCCCCAUGUUAUCGUGAUACACCUGAACCGUUUCACGACGUCACGGUGGUCGAUCAGUAAAAGCACCGCCUAUGUGUCCUUCCCACUCACCGACCUUGACCUCGGGCCCUACGGACCUCUUGACUGUGGGCCAGUAUUGUAUGAUUUAUAUGCAAUAUGUAACCACGUGGGGACUGUCAACAUGGGUCACUACACCGCCUGUUGUUCUGACGACAAUGGAUGGUGUUACUACAAUGACUCCAGUGUAACACCGCUUCCCGAGACCCAGCUUCAGACCAAUCAAGCCUACGUGUUAUUCUACCGGCGCAGCAACAACGCCAUCACUACAAGGAACUAGACCGCUUGAGAGCCAAUCGGAGACGUUUUUACCUUCAGUGACCAUAGAAACCAACACAGUGCGGCCGUGCUCUCAUUCAUGAGCUUUUCGACCCCAAAGAAACGUGCGCUCCAAAAGGCAGAUUAGAUCAACCGGGACCACGACCGAGCGUAUUGUGAAGAGGUGGUUUUCUCAAGGAGAAGAAGCUGAAGCGAGUGAGUGAGAAGACAGCUGAGGUGCACUGUGGCCUUAAGAAUAUUUAUGCCCAAGUUGUCGGAGCAGAUUGUGAACACUGACGCAAAGCUCUCAUGAUUGACAAGAUGACGCCCGAUAAGCGCAACCACCUCGACUCCAGAGCUCAAGGACAUUGUUACAUAACACUUGUAUGUUUUGUUUCUAAUCUUUGUGCCACUAUUUUGUGAAUGUAUGUAAACAGACACAAGGAAUGAACGUAUACUUUGUGUGUGUGUGUUUCCAAGCGUAUGCAGAUCGAUCCAUUUUCUACUGUUAAUUCUAUGCGGGCUCAUGUGCAAACAGGAGCCUAACCCAGCUGACUUGGGGCGACAGGUGGACUGGUUGCACUUACAGACAGACAGACAGACAACAAACAAACAACCAGUCACUCUCACAUUCCCACCGACAGUACACAAUUUAGUAUUUAUUUAAUGCGUCAGUGGUAUGUGGAAGGAAAUCCGAGUACCUGAAAUCCCCACGUAAGCACACACCCCAGCUCAGUCCCGACCCUCAUGAGGACACGCGGCAUAAUAGAAAGAUGGAUGCUCAUUAAAAGAGAAUGGCUAAGACUAGCGAUUAGCCUCGCUAGCUUGGGCUAUUACGAUUGCUGCUAGUUUUUAAAUAUUCUUCGCGGUGAGGAACGAGGGCAGCUUAAUUUCCGUCACCCAAAUUUCAUGUCCGUUAGUCGCUGGCAAUGACUGUGUGAAAACGAGAACUUGAUUCAUAUCGCAACACGCACCGCCGUCACGUCACUUGUAGUGACACCUUACCACGUUGUGCUGUAACGCUUUAUCGCAGUGCGCCGUAUGGCCAUAGCAUGCUACAAGCAGCCGGAAAUGUACCAAACAACGGGACGUGUAGCAUAGUGACUUUCAGAAUAUGGGAGUAUAUCCUCAAAUACAACAAAAGCAAAAUUUAAAUAGAAGUAGUGAUAGGUGAAAUGCUUAUUUUUUUGGGAGCCUGGCUACGAUAUCCCAGUUUACAACAAGCAAGGCUAAGACCGGCGGCUCGUUGAAGAGGGAAACAUGCGCAGAGCUUCCACUAAUUAUAACAACUACAUUCAGUGUGUACAUCCACUUGUGUUUUGGAUCAUUUGUUUUUUUGUGUGUUUCUAUGCUGAUUCGUCUAAAUAUGUCUUUGACGUGAAACCGGUCCGUGACGUACAAAAUGUUGGGGACUGCUGUCCUGCGCUGAAGAAAAUCUUAAUGACAUCAUCAAUUAAUUGACUUCAAUUUGACUUUCAUCACAUUGUAGUUAACUUAAUUGUUUUUUUGUGUCUGGUUUGUUUUUU